AUGGCGAACUCCCUCGAUCACCUCACCAGCAGAAGUAAGCUAGAAUGGAUGUCCAAGCUCCAGUGCGAUUACAAGCCGCUGCGGGGAGAGAAUAUCGCCAACUAUGCAAACUUCCGCCGAACCUCCAUUAUCGGUACCAUUGCCGGCCUCAAUGUUGUUCGCAUGAACUUUUCCCAUGGCGAUUACGAGUACCAUCAAUCCGUCGUCGAUAAUGCCAGACGGGCUGAGAAAAUACAGGAAGGACGUCCUCUUGCCAUUGCGUUGGAUACUAAAGGACCUGAGAUUCGAACCGGCAAAACGGUCGGUGGCAAGGAUAUCAAAAUAACUGAAGGGACCGAGUUGGUUAUUACGUCUCAUGACGACUAUGCUGAGAAGAGUGAUCUCCAUUACCUAUACGUCGACUACAAGAACAUCACCAAAGUGAUCCAGAAGGGCAAGCUUAUAUAUGUGGACGAUGGUAUUUUAUCAUUCGAAGUUCUCGAAAUCAUAGACGACAGCUCCCUGCGUGCCAGGUGUCUGAACAAUGGCGUCAUCUCCUCCAAAAAGGGUGUUAACCUGCCCGGCACCGACAUCGACCUCCCCGCUCUCUCCGAGAAGGACAAGCAAGACCUCCGCUUCGGGGUGAAGAACAAAGUCGACAUGAUAUUCGCCUCCUUCAUUCGCCGCGCCUCCGACAUCCGCGACAUCCGCGCAGUCCUGGGCGAAGAAGGCAAGGAAAUCCAGAUCAUCGCCAAGAUCGAGAAUGAGCAGGGAGUCAACAACUUCGACGAGAUCCUCGAGGAGACCGACGGUGUCAUGGUCGCGCGUGGCGAUUUGGGUAUCGAAAUCCCCGCCGCCAAGGUUUUCAUUGCGCAGAAGAUGAUGAUUGCCAAGUGCAAUAUUAAGGGCAAGCCUGUCAUUUGCGCGACCCAGAUGCUCGAGUCCAUGACGUAUAAUCCACGCCCAACGCGUGCUGAGGUCUCGGACGUCGCCAAUGCGGUGCAAGAUGGCGCGGACUGUGUCAUGUUGUCUGGCGAGACGGCAAAAGGUGAUUACCCCAAGGAGGCUGUCACAAUGAUGCAUGAGACGUGCCUGAUUGCGGAGGUUGCCAUUCCUUAUGUCAAUGUUUUUGAUGAGUUGCGGAACCUGGCGCCGCGGCCUAUGGAUACCGUUGAGUCCAUUGCUAUGGCGGCGGUCUCUGCCAGUUUGGAAUUGAACGCGGGUGCUAUCUUGGUCCUGACGACUAGCGGCCACUCCGCCCGCCUCCUUUCCAAAUACCGACCCAUCUGCCCCAUCAUAAUGGUAACCCGAAACGGAAUAGCAGCUCGUUACUCCCACCUCUACCGCGGCGUGUACCCGUUCAUCUUCCCAGAAAAGAAGCCCGAUUUCAACCAGAAGAACUGGCAAGAGGACGUCGACAACCGGCUCAAGUUCGGUAUCGCGAAGGCCAUCGAGCACCAGGUGCUGUCCCACGGCGACUCAGUCGUCUGCGUGCAAGGGUGGCGCGGCGGUAUGGGCCAUACCAACACCAUCCGCGUUGUGCUGGCGGAUCCGAUGAAUUUGGGGCUUGCGCAGAUUGUUUCUUCUUUCCUCCUCCGCCCCUACUCCCCCCUUUCUGUGCUGGAGAUUAUUGUUUCGUUUGUCGUGUAA